GAUUUUUCCUGCCUUCCCAACAUCUGUAACAAACAUUUAGUUUAUUCAUCAUUUUAUUCGAUAAUGGAGGCAAACGUAGAUGAGGCUGCGCGGGCGCUGGCAAUUGCUCAGCGGAAAUGGGAGAGCGGCGAUAAGGAAGGAGCGCUGAGGCUUGCGCGCAAGUCCAAUUCACUGUACCCGACUCCAUCGGCGGAGGCAAAAAUUGCAGAGUUCGAGCGCUCGUCAGCGCCAAGUCAAGACCAGGAGACAGCAUCUGCAGCUGAAGCGACAAAAGCUGCAGGUGGCGAAAAGAAGGAGGCUGGUCCCGAGCUCAGACAACGGCGCGCGCCAAAGCAGGCAGCACCAGCCGAGAGCGAAAAGCCCAGACACACCCCAGAGCAGUUGUCGGCAGUGCGGCGUGUAAUGGCGGCAAAGAGCGACUACUAUGCCGUUCUGGGAGUGCAAAAGACAGCGACAGAGGUCGAAAUCAAAAAGGCGUACCGGAAAUCAGCGCUCGUGUUUCAUCCAGACAAGAACACAGCACCCGGAGCUGACGAGGCAUUCAAGCUGGUUGCGCAGGCGUUUACAGUGCUGAGCGAUGCAGACAAGCGGGCGUACUAUGACCGCUAUGGCGUCGAGUCGCGCGGCACACCCUCGGCGUCGGCUGGUGGCAGCAACAUGUUCCACCGUGCGGGCGGGCGGCCAAUGGCUGGUGGGUUCGAGCAGGAGAUCUCUCCAGAGGAUCUAUUCAACAUGUUCUUUGGUGGCGACUUUGGCCAAUAUGGAGUGCAGUUUGGACCCGGCGUGCGGUUCCAGCAGCGGCGUGGGUUCCCGAUCAACAUGAACCAGCAGCGGUUCAGGCAACAGCGCGCCAACGAGGAUGACGGUGCAAGAGCGACAUGGCUUCAGUUCCUACCAUUGCUGCUGCUAGUCUUCACGUACUUUGCGUCGACCAUCAUCUCGAUGCUUUUUGGCGAGGAGGCGCCGCCGGCAUACGCGUUCCAGCCAACCAGCCAGCACUCGCAGGUGCGCGUCACGCAGCACCGGAAUGUCCAGUACUGGGUUGAUAGCUCCGAGUUCUCGCAAUCGAUUGUGGCAAAGAAGUCGUCAAAGCUGUGGCAGUUUGAGCUGGAUGUCGAGUCACAGUACAUUUCGCGUCUGCAGCGCAAGUGCCGGCAGCAGAUGGAGGCCAAGCGAAACAAGAUCCACAUGGCGCAAGGGUGGUUUGGUGUUGGCGGCGACAAGGACAAGCUGCGUGAGGCGGAGGCAAUGAAGCUGCCGGCGUGCGACGAGCUUGAAGCGGUUUAGAUAGUUUCGGGCCCAUUUUAAUAGCACAUUUUAAUUUUGAUAUACAGGUUUGCAAAGUU